ACUGUGGAUGGGAGGAAGCCGUCAGCACCAUUGUAGCCAUUAAUCACCCAGGGCCAUUGUGGUCCUGUCCUGUAAACGGCGCCAGUGCAGGCAGGCAGACAGACAGAGGAGGAAGAAGAGAGCGAGGGUGCAGGGUGGCCGCAGGAAGAAAGAGGGGCAAAGGAUGGCUGGGGAUCAGCCUGUGUGCCCACCUCUAUUCCUGCUGCGGGGCUUGGGAGCAGUGCUGCUGACUCAGUGCAUGUCAUCCGUGUUCUCCCAGAUUCCGGACCCUGAGCUUUUACCCACAGAUCCCCCAAAGAAGCCCGACCCCGUCAACUCAGAGACAGUGGUCUUCUGGGGGCUGAGGUUAUGGCAGGUCAUCGGCAUCUUCUCUGUGUUCGGUUUAGCAGUCAUUAUCACUCUGUGUUGUAUUUUCAAGUGUCGAAUCCCGAGGACCAAAAAGGAAAUCGAGGCACGGCAUGCGCAGAGGCUGGCCGCCAAAAAAUAUGCCAACACGUUAGAGACAGUGCCACCUCUAAAUGAGCUGACUGAGAUACCGGGAUCUGCAAAGGUAGAAGAGAAGGAGGAGGUGACGACAGUCUCGGGGAAAGUGGACGGUGAAAAAGGAGAGAAGAAGUCCAAAGAGGGCAAAAAAGAAGGCAAGGGUGCCAAAGAGGGGAAAGGGGAUGAGAAGGAUGCUAAGAAAGGUGAAAAGGGAGCAGCCAAGAAAGAUGCCGCUGAUGGAAAAGGAAAGAAAACUGGUGAGAAGGGAGACAGGGGAGACAAAGGAGAAAAAGGAGGCAAAGGAGGGGCUAAAGGGGGAGCUAAGAAAGCUCAAAAAUGAACUCUGACUUUCAUGGACAACCACUGAAAAUAAUCUCUUCACAUUGUU